GCUUUGUCUAGAUCAUUAAGACUGUUUAUCAUAAAAUUCUGUGUUUUUGUAUAACUUCUCAAAUUUCAACAACAAACAACGUCUGAUACACAUAUGGUAUAAUACACACUCUUUCCUUAGCAAAGUGAAGAAUUAUAUUUCACUAAACAUGUGAAUGUGAAUUAUGUCUUUUAUUACAAGGAUAAUUAUGUGUAUGUACAAAUCAGUUAAACUAACGAGUAUUUUUCUUCGAUGAGCAAUUUUAUCAACGAGACUCGAAUUUCUUAUUUUCACAUGGCAACAAGAUUUUUUCACAAUUAUGACUGAAACAUUAAGCGGGUGGAAUUUGCAAAAAUUUUAUAAACACUCAAUUUCACGUGAGAAUAUUUGAAAAUCAUGUGCAUGUAAAUAAAGCCAACAUUAACAGAACAAGAAGAAAGACAGGAAGCCGCCAAAAAUCAGAAUACAAUCACACAGUUAAGUCACCUUCGAAUGGUUGCCGUCGAAUAAAUUACAUCAAGAGAAAGCUGCGAGAUUUUUGUGAAUUGUGAAUUCAAUCAUUAUAAGUUGAAGAAUUGGAUUAUCUCGCAGUAUCUUCUUGUCUUAAAAUGAAUGCGGCAGUUUUCCAUCAAGCUGUAGCGGAUGGCGAUGCUACUCGAGUAAAAUUUCUCAUCAAUCUUGGCCAACAAGGAAGAGUAAAUCAACGCAAUAAGCAAGGAUUCACAUCUCUUCAACAAAGCUGUAAAGACGGAAAAUAUGAGGUUGCUGAAGUUUUGUUAAGCUAUGGCGCAAAUAUCUCCGCCACAGAUAAGACAGGACGUACUGCUUUGCAUCUAGCGUCGGCUGGUGGGUUUUUGGAUUUGGUAAAAUUAUUAAUCGCUUCGUGUGCAGAUGUUAGCGCAAAAGACAACGAAGGCAAGUCAGCCAUUGAUGUUGCCAAGAGCAAUGAAAUCAUAGUUUUCCUACAGAAAGCAGGUAAAGAAAAACAACCAAAAACACAAGGAGAUAAGUCAGAAGACUGGAGUAAGAAUGUUACAAGUCUACCGCCAGGUUCACGCAAUUCUUUGGUUUCAAACUCAUCCUCGGACUCAGGUGUAUGUGUCGACGAUAAUCCAAGCGUACGAAACAGCGAGAACAAGCUAUCAAGACCAAAUGGAUACGGGUCCAAUCGUGGUAUGCUAAACGAUAACCGUGUUGUAAUGGGGGUUUUACAUGAAUCAGAUGAAUAUGUUCAUGAACAAGGUCGGGAGAGGGCGCAUACAACUGAAGAUAUUGGUACUAAAAUGGAUGUUUAUCAAGAAAACCGAUCCAGGAGUAAAACUUUCGAUGGCAGGGAAACUUUUCUACAAGAACAGUUUAGCGAGCGAUUAAACGAUAGAAUUAUCGAAAGAAAUCGACACGUAAACGGUAGCCAUUUUAGUGCAGGAAACGCUCAAAAAGAAAAUCAGCGUGAAAACAAGUACUUGAGAGCUCAAGCGAGCAUAAAAACGAACAUUCGUGCAGGGAACCGUCCACCAAGAUUUCGCAGGAGUUUGUCAGAAAGAAUGCCUUCACAUCAAAGACGAAAUUUCAACGGUCAUAGGAAUAUAUCCGAAGAGCUUGCAGCUUUGAACUUAUCUCGUGUCGAACCAGAUCCUGAGGAUUAUUAUGAAGAGCAUACCGGUAAUUUUGAAAUGUCUGCACAGCACAACCCUAACGAAGAUUUAGGAUUCGUAGAAGACAUUGUGCAGGAAUGUGAUGAUUAUGGUGGGUGUAGCUAUGAGCCAAGAGUUUAUCCUAGCACAUCGAUGAAACUAUCCAGAAACGGAAAUAGAAUGGUGGAAUUUUAUGCCGAUGAAGUGGGCAAAGAAGAGUGGGGUUAUGAACGAAGAAAAGGUAGAUCAAACACAGUACAGUGUAGAAAAGCGUACAUUAGAAAUGACUUUGACGACUCAAAUCAAUAUCAUCGUUCUCAACCGAGGCAAAUACAAGAUUCUAAUCAAAAGACCCACGAAAUCUAUCAAAGUUCAAGAAACAACAAUCAAUAUCGAUUGACAAGUGAUAGAUAUCAGGUAUCACGAAACUACUCUCACCUUAAGGUACCUGACAGUCAUGUGGUUGAAGAAAUAGAUAUGUACAAUUCAAGAGGUGUCAACACUCGCUCCAUGACACAUGGCAAUGUCAACGGAUUGAUGAGACAAGGCUCGGGAUGCUCAGACACAGCUGUUGCUAUUUAUAAGCAACGAUCAAUGAGGAAUCGUGAGUAUAACAAUUGCUGUAACAGAAAUUAUAAUUGUUAUUAUGAACAAAAUUUCUCGCGUGGUCUACCAAACUAUGAAGAAACAAUGCAGCGAUUACAUCAUUAUAGAGAAUCAAAAAGCCCUACAUCUCGCCAGAUUUCACAAGUAUAAAUAUGAACAAAAUAUCUUGUAGUGAUAUAUUAAAAAAUAGCACAAUAUCAUGUAUUUAUCUAAGAAGUUAAGUGAUGUAUUAUUUACUUUGAUUUACUUUGAAAAAUAUAAUCAUAUAUGUUAGGUAUAUUUUAAGACAAUCAUAAAUAAAUUGCACAGAUACAAUUCAUUAUUUGCCAAUGAUUGCCAAUGAGUUUGUUAAAAUUAUAAAACAUUUCAAAACCUGUAAAUGUUAUUUCUAAAAUAAUAUCUGAUACAUGUAAAGAAGCAUUGUCUUAAUAAUAAAAUAAUUAAAAAAAGGAAA